GUGUAAGCAGGAAAUGGAGCAGGGUGUGAAAUUAGAUAUUCUCCAUUUGCGACGUUGGAAGCCGAAGAUCAAUAAGGAUAAAAAGUUUCUUAUUUCGAUUCUUCGUAACAAGGAUCGAUGGGUAAUUUUGCGAAAAUGCAAUCUUGAUGCCUUGAUUAGGCUGAUGGGUGUUGCGCAGGACUUUCAGAAGCCGGCUACUACAGCGUAUUUGAGAGGGUUAUUGGGCGGGUGGUUAAGGAUGUGUUCGGAUGGACUUUGAACUCAAACAUCCUUGUUAAACUGCGAUUCGAUGACAGAAUCCGAGUUGCGGCAGUUAGGAAACUUUUGAAUGAUCAAAUUGAGGCGAUGAUGAUACCAAACUGUCUGAAGACGCAUGCACGACGUGGGGUGCGCAUCGUACGGGUCAAAAACCCAUCCGUUGCAAGCCUUAUCCGCAAUCAACGGAGUUAUUCUCGCGCUGAUGUGGUAACCUGCUCAUGUGCAGUAUUUCCCUAUCCAAGGAUAGGUGGUCACGUGCAGUUUCGGCUACAGGAACUAGACGACAUUCAUCCGCUCCUCUGUAAUGCUAAUAAUGUUCCUAAGCUUUCGCAUCCGGAUCGUGAAGGACUGCUACUACAAGAGAUUAAGCAGGGUCUGGAAGGAUGGGGCAACUGGCGAGGGGAAGAAGCGGCCAUUGAGAGAGUCGAGGUGGAAGCGUGUUUGAGUGUGAGAGAAGAUACCGGGUCCAAGUACCUGGACAUGCGGACGGUAUGCGGUCUGAAGAAGCAGCUUGAAGGGCUCGUACUUACACCAUUGGACCGGAACCUGGGGGAAACCCUCGUGUUAUGUCCCAGGAAAUACUAUGAAGCCAUGUUGCAACUGUUUGUUAUGAGUGCAGGUUACAGGGUGAUCAGAGAGCCGGAAGGAGUGGUGAUGGAAGCCAUGCGGUGUGAAGUGUUGGACGCUGGUCUGACGAAGCUGGCGCAAUGGGAUAAGAAAGGCAAGUUUGGAAAAGUCUAUGUCAUGCCUAAGCAUAAGGACUUGACACGGUUUCGUCCAAUCCGCCCAACGUAUUCGGAGCCUACGGUUAGAGGUUGCGGGAUUGUCGCGAAAGCUCUUAAUCAUUUGUUGUUUUCACUCCCGCAGGACUGGCAUUUCAAUCUUCGCUCACUAGCUAGGUUGGUCCCACGGUUGGAUUCGAUUAAUUCGAGGAUUGCAAGAAGGGUGGGGAUCAGCUCGGACAUAUCCGCAAUGUCUUAUGACAUUAAGGAUAUGUUUAGCAAGCUGCCCCAUCAAAAAAUUGUAGAGGCUGUGGACUGGGUAGUACAUUCCCAUGUGAAGAAGGGACGCAGUUUCGUGCGGGUGAAUUCGCGUGGUAGAGGUUGCUCCUUUGGUAGAACUACAGGGGAUGACUACUGGCGUUCAGUACCAUUGCAGCAGAUCCUAACCUUCGUGCAAUUCGAGUUGAAUCACACCUACAUGCGGGCUACCGGCGUAUUGCUAAGGCAAACAGUGGGGAUACCGAUGGGAAAAAGCACAAGUCCCCCACUGACUUGCAUUCUCUGUGCCUUCGCAGGGUACAAGUUUCUUCGAAGUUUGGGUGCCUGUAUAAGAGAUGUUUUUGGCAUUCGCCUAAUGGAUGACGUGAGUCUGAUCGUCCUCGAAAGAAGGCAUUGUGCGAUGAAGGUUGAGCGGAUUCAGAAACUCUUCAUAGCAUUCUAUCCGAAGAAUCUGCAACUUAAGAGAACGGAUGAUGACUUAGGUGCCUGGGAUUUUUUGGGCACUCAGAUCCGUAUUAAUGCGCUGCAACCGUUUGUCACGUGCUGCCAAGUAGCAAAAAACGAAUGUACUAUUUGGCAUAGCAAUGGUCUGGAAUUCAAGAAUGGGCAGUCAUAUUGUUCCUGGGGGUGUAAGCAGCAGAAGGGCGCUGUGGUUACCUGCCACCUUCACCGGAUUGAUCGAAACACAAAUGACCGAACCCGUAUUCCCAGGCAAGUGCUCAGCCUGGUUCGGAAACUUCGACUGAAGGAUUUUCCGACCAAGACAGUGGAAAGGAUAAUUAAGCAUUUUGCCAAGGGAAGGGACUGUAUUUGGAAUUGGACUGUGCAUUGGCUAUACCCACCUUAGCCGAGUCAGGCGGGGACAACGACUGUUUGUCAAAUAGUAUGUUGAUCACCGCUUUUCGCCUGGUUCAUCCAAAAUGCUGUUUGAAGCCGUGAACGGAGGGACACACACCCCCCUCCGACAGUGGGUGCGGCUAUUCGAGGUAGUGAAUUUACCUUCCUCUGGACUGAGCAUUAAGCAACCUUUUUCGUGUUUUCCUUUUUCCUUUGUUUUCCAUUUGUUUUCAGUUUGAAACAGGUUAACUGGGGUGACAGGGUUAGCUGUGUUUUCUGAAACAAGUUGUCUGUGGUGGCAGGGUCCUCUAUACUUAUGUUUGAAACUGGUGUCUGUGGUACAGGGUUCUCUGUAUGUGUGUUUGUCCUGUUACUUUGGUUUUUCCGGCGUUGCUUUCUAUUUUGUUUUAUUUAUUUUCGGUUUGAAACAGGUUGACUGUGGUGACAGGUUUCGUAGUGUUUUCUGAAACAGGUUCUCGGUGGUGACAGGUAUCUUUGUGUUUUCUAAAACAGGUUAACUGUGGUGACAGGUUCUUAGUGUUUUCUGAAAUAGGUUGUCGGUGGUGACAGGGUCCUCUGUUUUACGUUUGUCUAUCAUGUUCCUUUGUUUCCUUCCUCUGUUUUCCAUUUGUUUUCGUUUCGGAAGUGGUCUAGGAUUAGCAUUUGGGAACUCGGGAGUCGAACCUGUGAUUUGGCCCUCUGUGUUUUUUGAACUGAGGGUAGUAGUCGUGUCGGGCUUUAGAACUUGAGAGGCUUUAACAGGAUUCGAACCAGCGCGGUUUGUAGAAUCUAUUUUGUAGGUCGUAAUGGUCAACCGCGGCUAGAUGGAUGACUGUAACAUGAAGGUGCGUGCGACGGCGCAGGUCAUACUUGGAAUCGAUGUGAGUUGUCUUGUGGGGCUGGAGAACUCGAGAGGCUCUAACGAGAUUCAAACCAGCGUGGUCCGCAGAACCUGUUUCGUAGGUUGUAAUUGUCAGACGCGGUUGGACUGACGACUGCAACUUCGUACGACUGCCAGGCCAUGCUAGGCCAGGCUUAUGGAAUCAACUUCGCUAGAUAGGAUUUGGUUUGGUUGGUACGAUAACAUAGGAUUCGUGAAAACCUAACAAAACAAAUUGUUAGGUUUGCACGAAAUCUAUUCAAAAUUAUGAUAGUACGUUUUUUAGGUCUCCUCCAUGAACAAAAUUCUAUGUGAAGU